GUACGAGGAAUUCCCCUUAAGUCUUUAAAAAAUACCAAAAACCAGACAUCAUGAGCCGCCUCACACCUCAGCACAGGCCCAAUGUGUGCGUGGAGAGGGAGGUGACGCUGGUCGCCCAGAGGCAGCCCUGUGUGCAGGCCUUCACACGCAUGGUUAAAGUGUGGAAGCAGGGCUGUGUGGGCCAGUCGUGGUGCAUGGGAUACGAGAGGAGGACGGCGUACUACACGGCGUACCGACAGGUGUACCGGCAGGACUAUCAGACCGUGUACAAGUGCUGCCCUGGAUGGUCUCAGCUGAACGGGGAGGCGGGCUGUCUCUAUCAUAUUGAUGAGUGCCAGGUCCAUAAUGGAGGCUGCCAGCACAGAUGUGUGAACACGCGGGGCUCCUACUACUGCGAAUGCCAGCCGGGCUCCCGCCUCCAUGUGGACGGACGCACCUGCCUCGCCGUCCAUUCGUGCGCCAUCAGCAACGGGGGAUGUGAACACUACUGUGUGCAGCAGUCUGUUGCUCAUUUCCGCUGCCGCUGCAAGCCGAACUACGCACUGGCACAGGACGGCAAGCACUGCAAACUGCAGAACCCCUGUGCAGAGCAGAACGGAGGCUGUAUGCACGAGUGUCGGGUGGACGGCGGAAAGGCCCACUGCGACUGUAGAGCCGGAUUCAUUCUGACCGAGGACAGCAAGACCUGUGAAGAUGUUGAUGAGUGUGAGACAGAGGAGGCCAGCUGUGCUCACGGCUGCCACAACACUCUGGGCUCGUACGCCUGCGUCUGCAACGCCGCCUACGAGCUGGGAUCUGAUGGAAAGCAGUGCUACAGAAUCGAGAUGGAGAUCGUGAACAGCUGCGAGAACAACAACGGCGGAUGUUCGCAUCGCUGCCAGCACUCGACCAGCGGGCCUGUUUGCUCCUGUAACCAUGGUUACAGGCUGGAUGAGGACCUUAAAACCUGCGUUGAUGUUGACGAGUGUGGAGAGCAGAGCUCCUGUUGUGAGCAGGACUGCACCAACUACCCCGGGGGGUACGAGUGCUACUGCUCAGCGGGAUACAGACUCAACUCAGACGGAUGCAGCUGUGACGACGUGGAUGAGUGUCUGGCUGCCAACGGUGGCUGUGAUCACACAUGCCAGAACAGCGCCGGUUCCUUCCAGUGUUUCUGCCGCCGGGGUUUCCGUCUGGACGAGGACCGACAGUCCUGCAUCCCGCUGGAAGAUGCCAUCGAGGCCCUUUCCAGCGGCGCCUCCCUUGAGCUGCCUCUGAUUCGGCCCCAGCUCACCUUGCUGCAGGACUACAGCCAGCCCCUGGAGCGCUAUGACGACUACGAAGAUGACGAGGGGGAGCUGAGGGCUGAGAGCAACCUGGCAGAGAAGUUUGUGUGUCUGGAUGACACCUUCGGCAGCGACUGCAGUCUGACAUGUGACGACUGCUCUAAUGGAGGGAAGUGCAACCUGUGGAAAAGUGGCUGCGACUGUCCCGCCGGCUGGACCGGCGUCAUCUGCAACCAGACGUGCCCCGAAGGACACUUUGGUAAGAACUGCUCCUUCCCCUGUAAGUGUAAGAACGGUGCCAGCUGUGACCCGGUCAGCGGGAGCUGCCGCUGUCCUCCUGGGGUCAGCGGAGACUUGUGUCAGGAUGGCUGCCCCAAAGGCUUCUACGGGAAGCAGUGCAACAAGAAGUGUAACUGUGCCAACAACGGGCGCUGCCACCGGACCUACGGAGCCUGUCUGUGUGAUCCUGGACUCUACGGACGCUUCUGUCACCUCCCUUGUCCUAAGUGGACCUUCGGUCCCGGCUGCUCUGAGGAGUGUCGCUGUGACCAGCAGCACACGCUGGAGUGUCACCGUCGCCAUGGCACCUGUGUCUGUAAACCUGGUUACCAGGGCAACGCCUGCCAGGACGAAUGCAAACCCGGUUCUUAUGGAGCCGGCUGUGAGAAGAAGUGUUCCUGUCCACCUGGGGUGUCAUGUGAUCAUGUGACCGGAGACUGUCAAAGGAGAUGUCCUGCUGGUCGUCACGGGGACGCCUGCGAUCAAGACUGUCCGGAGGGAAGGUUUGGACCGGGCUGCGUCCAUCCCUGUAACUGCACCGGUGCCCCAUGUGACCCAGUGACGGGACGAUGCCGGUGUCCAGCGGGGACGUCAGGGAAGCACUGUGAGAACUUGUGUCCAGAAGGGUUCUGGGGUCCAGGCUGCACAGAACCAUGUCCGGCCUGUGAGAACGGCGGUGUGUGUGACAAACACAACGGCUCGUGUAACUGUCCUCCCGGAUUCAUGGGCAGACUCUGCCAGAACUCGUGCCCGGCUGGACGUUUCGGUCAAGGAUGCCAAAUGAGAUGUGUUUGUGAAAACAACGCCCGCUGCGACGCUGUGAGCGGCCGCUGUACCUGCGCUCCGGGCUGGACUGGACACAACUGCAGGAAAGCGUGUGAUGCAGGACACUGGGGAGCUGACUGCGCUCAAACCUGCGACUGCAGAAACGGAGACGGCAGCUGCGACGCGGUGACGGGCCAGUGCAACUGUGAAGCUGGCUUCACUGGAGCUCACUGCCAUCAGAAGUGCCCGGCGGGGAUGUUCGGUCUGGGCUGUCGCCAUCGGUGUCAGUGUGACAACAAGGCGCUGUGCGACCAUGUGAGCGGAGCCUGUACCUGCCAGGUGGGAUGGACGGGAACCUUCUGCGAAAAGCCGUGUCCUCAGGGUUUCUACGGUCUGGACUGCCAGGAGAAGUGUCUGUGUCUCAACGGUGGGAGCUGUGGUCACGUCAGCGGCGUGUGUUCGUGCCCGGCCGGUUGGAUCGGCCCGUUCUGCAACCUGACGUGCCCGGCAGGGUUCUAUGGGGAGGGAUGUAACCAGACCUGUAGCUGCCGUAACGAUGGCAUCUGCCACCCGGCCAGCGGUCAGUGUGUGUGCACGCCGGGCUGGACCGGGCCCAACUGCACAGAGGAAUGCCCGGCGGGGUUUUACGGGGCAGACUGUCGGCAGCGCUGCUUGUGCCAGAACGGAGCCACCUGUAACCGGACCAACGGAAAGUGUUCGUGUGCCAGUGGAUGGACGGGCGCCGCCUGUGAACGGGAGUGUGUGUCGGGCCGGUUCGGGACCGACUGCCAGCGCCGGUGUGAGUGUGAGAACGGCGGCCAGUGUGACCGACGGACCGGACGGUGCAGCUGCAGCGCCGGCUGGACGGGAGAGUUCUGUGAGGAAGCGUGUGAAGCGGGCCUGUUCGGUGCCGGCUGUGAGCAGCGGUGUCAGUGUGCUCACGGGGCCUCGUGUCACCACGUCACCGGAGAGUGCCGCUGCCCAGCCGGAUGGAGAGGGAAGCUCUGUGACAAAGCCUGUCUGCCGGGUUCGUUUGGGCAGAGCUGCAUGCAGCGCUGCAGCUGUGCGCCGGGCACGUCCUGCCACCACGUCUCUGGAGAGUGCGGCUGUCCUCCCGGCUUCACUGGCAACGGCUGUGAACAGACUUGUCUUCCAGGAACGUUCGGACUGAACUGUAACCAGGUCUGUCAGUGCUCAGAGACGAACCAGCUCUGCCACCCGGUGUCUGGGUCCUGCUACUGCGCUCCGGGUUUCCACGGCCCCAAGUGUGACCAAAUCUGUGGACUGGGUCGGUACGGUCCGAACUGUGAGGGAGAGUGUCAGUGUGAGAACGCAGGACGGUGUGCUGCUUCCACCGGAGCCUGCGAGUGUCCGGCAGGAUUCAUCGGCCCGCGCUGCAACAUCACGUGUCCGGCCGGGCGGUACGGCCUCGACUGCAGCCGGGUGGCGCUGUGUGGAGACGGAGCCCAGAGCGACCCGGUCACCGGCCGGUGUGUGUGCCUGCCUGGACGGAGGGGGGAGGACUGUGGACACGGCUGUCCUCCAGGCUGGUUUGGGUCCGACUGUGCCCGUCGCUGUAACUGCAGUAAUGGAGGACGGUGUGACUCUGCGACCGGCCGCUGUACCUGUGGGCUGGGCUGGACUGGGCCACGCUGCGACCGAGAAUGUCCUGCGGGCCGGUUCGGUGCCGACUGCCAGCUGAGCUGUACCUGUCAGAACAACGGCACCUGUGACGGAGUGACGGGGGCGUGUCGGUGCGGUCCGGGCUACUACGGCCAUCAGUGUGAACACGCCUGCCCGCCCGGCCUCCACGGCCCGCUCUGCCAGCAGCAGUGCGACUGCAUGAACGGCGCCUCGUGUGAGCCGGCGUCGGGACGCUGCGUCUGUCCUCCAGGAUACCAGGGCGCCCGCUGCCACAGAGCGUGUGAACAGGGCCGCUACGGGCCGGCCUGUCUGAAGCUGUGUGACUGUGAGGACGACGCUGCCUGUGAUCCUGUGACCGGACGAUGCCUCUGCUCCUCAGGGAAGACCGGACCCAGAUGUGACAUCGACUGCAGAGCGACCCGGUACGGCCCAGACUGCUCGCUGACCUGCAGCUGUGAGAACGGAGCGCAGUGCGACCGCCGCAACGGCCGCUGCAGCUGCCUGCACAGCUGGACCGGACUGUCCUGUCAGGAAGGUGGACCCCCGCGCCUCACCUCUGGGAGCAGCAGAGGAAACUCGCAGCACAACAACUCGUUAUAGCGGAUCCAUGGCGCUGACGGACCGGGACCAGGACCAGGACUUCACACUGAAGUGACUCCAGCUCACGACAGGAAGCAGCCGGAAGAUUCAUGGACAUGGACUCUCUGAUGAGAACUGCAGUUUGGAGCUGAGCUGGAUGAGACUUUAUUCCCCUGAUGCCAAAGCGUCCUUUGAGCUGCUGGAGUCGGUGUCGUCAGCCUCCAUCACGCCAGACUGGGAUUCACUACGUGGAACAUGAAACACCUUCAAUCCUCCAGAUAAGAGUUUCAUCAGAGCGCAGCGUCGGGACGGUGGAGCAGCGCUCGCUGCACUUCCACCACUGUGUGUAAUGCUGCUGCUGUCUGCAGGUACUGUAUAUAAAUAAUGUAAAGGAACUGGUGAUGUUACUGAAUAUGAGGCCUUCUCUGACCAUGAACCUAGAAGUCAUUACUAUGAAGUUGUUUUCAGUGUGACUCUGUGGUGCUUCACUGGCCGACACAUGAUGCUGACGCUGCAGUAAAGCUCGUUUCUGUCGACUAAACACAAACAGCUCAACAUUAAUGCCUUCAGACCACACAGCAUUCAUUUGCACCUUCUCCGGGUUCAGGCGUCUAAAUGUUUUCAUAUGAACGGAUUUUGUGUAUAAAUUGCUUUAUAUUUAUAUUUCACACGGUUGUAUACGAUCGAAGAUGUUUUUCACUGGAUUAAAGCGACUUUGCAGCUCCGACACAUUCCUGAAUAAAAACCCAGAAUGAGGAUGAACAAAGCCAAUAAAGACAGACGGACACAGGACUGGUUUACCAUUCUUAUUUUUUAUCAUUAUUUGAUUUUCAUUGAAGAUCGAAGCUGUACAUCCUGUCUAAAGUUCAGAUUCAAGCACAGUGCAGAUAGCAACGCCUGCAAAAAGGAACAAAAAAAA